GGCAUCACUUGUAAUAGCAACAACAACAACGACAACAAUUACGGCGAUAACGACUAUGAUGAUGAUGAUGAUGAUGAUGACAACGACGACUGCGAUUGUCUUGGCGGCGGCGGCGGCGGCGGUGGAGGUGGUCGGGUAGUAGACGGGUAGUUCGUGCUUCCUUAAAAGUUAACCGUAAUGUAAACAAACGAGGGAAAAGCCACUCGAGAUAGACUCGUCAAGACACGGUCCUCGCCGUAGCGUAGUAAAAAACAAACAAACCAACCCCAAAAUACGUCACUCGUCGAGAGUUUUUCUGGGGAGAAACUUACAGUAGGAGAAGCGUGCGUUUUGCAAUGUCGCAAAACUUACCGUGGGCCCUGAACAGCUUUUUAUAAACCCUUCUGCAGUUAACUUACAUCGGACCCCCACCAAACACAUACAUACACACACAUACACAUAGACACACAUAGGUACGAUCUUAUAUACGUACAUACAUACGUAUGUAUAUAUGUAUAUAUAAUCAGUUCACCCUCAAAAACAAUUAAAAUAUUCGGGGGGUUCCGCUGGGAUUUCAAGGGCCACGAUUUAAAUUUACUUUUUUUUUUCUGAAAAACAGGGAUUUCUGUUGAUUUUUUUUUCACUUUUUUUUUCUUUGUUUUCUGCAACACAAUGAUGUCUGCUCUACCAUAUCUGAUAUUGUUGGGCAUUUGUCUUACAUGGAGUGGAUUUGUUAAGGGCAUGUCCCCUGUCGACUUGUGUCGACGAAGGCCUAUUCACACAACGGCCGCCAAAACCGAAGGGAGCAAUGGAUUUCGUAUCAAAGUGGACGGUCUCUCCCCGAAGGACACUUAUAGACCAGGGGCUGAGUAUAAAGUCACCCUGAACGGUUCCCGCCCAGGCCAGACCUUACUAGGGAUUAUGAUGGUUGUUGUCCCAAAUGGUACCCUGGAAGAAUACAAGAGUCUGGGAAAUUUUAAGUUGAAAAACAAUGAAGAUCUUCUACAGAUUGCCAGACAGUGUAACCACACAGUUCUCAUUCAUAGAUUCCUGCUACCCAAGAAGGGUAUUUCGGUCAUAUGGAAGGCACCAGAACGUGGCUCCGGUUGCGUACAAUUCAGUACCUCUACAGACUCCCAGAAACAUCAAAAAGAUGAAAUGGUCAAUGACAACCAGGAAAGAAGUUGUUGUUCCUGCGAUUCUGUCACCUACAAAUUGAUCUUCAAAGGUCUUUGGUCUCGACGGACUCACCCGAAGGACUUCCCAACACAGACCCACCUGUUGCAUUGGUCCAGCGUCGUUGGUGCAUCCCACAGCACAGAGUACAACAUCUGGCAGUACGGAGAUUUCGCGUCCCGGGCCGUGAAGUACGUCUGUGAGUACGGUUCGUCAAAUAUCCUCGAGACUGAAAUGAGAAAACACAGUGAGAAGAUCCGUACAGUUGUGAAAACACCCCAGAUGUGGGGUAAUGUCCUUGGUUCCCACCAGGCUUUAUUUUCAGUCAACAAAGAUUACCAAUUCUUGUCCCUCAUCACUAUGAUUGGCCCCAGUCCGGACUGGUGUGUAGGUGUGAGCUCAUUAAACCUCUGUCAGAAGAACUGCAGCUGGGCUGAUAACUUGGAAAUAAAUCUAUAUCCUUGGGAUGCUGGAACAGAUGAUGGUCCCAGCUAUAUGGGACCCAAAUCAGCAAGUGACCCACAGCAAAGGAUCCAUCGGAUCACAAACCGCUAUCCGAACACUCCGUCGUCUCCGUUCUAUGGUCCGAACAAGAUUGCUCCGAUGGCUCAAAUGGAAAAAUGUGCAGCCAACGAAUGGAGUGAAUGGACGGCGUGUUCAGCGAGUUGUGGAAUGGGUUCACAUCAAAGGAGACGUACUCUGAAGAUGGCACAUGUGUUGCCAUCAAUGUGUAAAACAAAGUUGAUUGAAACAAAGAAAUGUUUUGAACUAGCCACUGGCUGUGACACUGGAAUGGAUAAAAAGAAUGGUUUGAAAUCUCCAAAGAAGAAUAAAAAGCAGACCCUACGUCCUGGUAAAACGUUGCCAUUGAAUUAUGAAUUCAGACACCAACAGAAGAUGGAUUUCAAGGACAAGUGUGCUGUGACACCUUGGUCACCAUGGUCACCAUGUAGCGUGACAUGUGGCAAUGGAAUGAGGGAGAGGUGGAGAAUAUUCACAUCGGUGGAUGCCACACCAGAAAGAUGCCGUGUACGGAGGAUGGAGAGAGAUUUCUGUGUUGGUCGAAUAUUUGACUGUCAGAAGGCCGAAAUGAUGAAAAACUGGACAUCUGUGUGUUCCCAGUCCCCAGAAGAUGGUCCCUGCAGGGGGUCGUUCCCACGGUGGUACUAUGACCCAAACAUGCGGAAGUGUAUCCAGUUUAAUUACGGUGGUUGCCGUGGUAACGAAAACAGAUUCCAGACUGAAGAAGCCUGUGUUAAAUCUUGCAUAGAACGCAUGAAGUUGAUAAUGAUGAUGAAGGAGAAAGAUAUGGCUAACGUGAAGCAACAAAUGAGGAAAAUGAGGAAGAAAUUGAAAAAAGCUCGUCGACAUCGCCAUGUGAAUAACAGGGUCCACUGCAUGGUGACCCCAUGGUCGAAUUGGUCAGCUUGUUCAGCCACAUGUGGUAAUGGAAUCACCAUGAAGAGUCGAAUGAUCAAAGUUAAACCAAUGAAUGGAGGAAGGAGAUGUCCAAAAAGAAUGGUGAAAAAGAAGAAAUGUAAACUUGCCAGAUGUUCAGUUGACUGUGAAAUGUCUGAAUGGGAGGAGUGGAGCACUUGUACUGGUGGUUGUGAUGCAAUGGCCGGCAUGCAGAUACGUAAACGAGACCGAGCUGUGAAACCAAGAAGAGGAGGCAAAAGUUGUCCAUCAAAAACGGAAAAACAAAAGUGUAAUGUCCUAUCUUGCUCGUCUGACACAUAUAAGAACUCCACUUUGAAAGCCACAGAAAUGGAGAAAGUAAAACAAGCAAAUUCUCUCCUUAAAAACAAACAAUAAAUAAACAAAUAAAAAUUCCCAGAGGAUAUUUCCUCAAAUUUUAACCAUGGGAAACCAAAAAAUU